AUGAAGCCUUCUCAAUCCUACUACUACCGUAACAACCACCACCACUACCACCAUUACAAUCCUCCUCCACCCUCGCGAUAUCCACCGCUACUACCCACACCGCCACACUACCACCAUCCAUCGCCUUUUCGCCUUUACGAGACCCCAACAUUACCUCGAAAACCACACAAUAAUCACCACCACCAAUUACCCUCCCAAAAUCCAACUUACCAAAAUGCCUUAAUUUCUACCCUGCCUAAUGAUCAUCACCCUACAACAUCACCACCACCACCAGCUGAACUCCGAAUUUACUCUCCUUCGUCUCCAUUUUACUCCCCGGUAUCUCCCAAUUACUGUGGUUCUUACUAUUAUCCACAUUACACUAAUUCUUCACCUGAUCAUGAUGUACCAUAUUCACCGUGGUCUCCCAAGUACUCCUUACCAUCUCCUGUCUUCGUACCACCAUCACCGCCGUCUCCCAUUCACACCGAGGAGCCGUCUCAGGCAUCGUACUCGCCUCCUCCUUCUCCUGUCCACUCUCCUUCGUGCUCUUCUAUGGACGAUCACUCGCUGUCGUACUCCCCUUCUUACGUACCCUACACCCCUUAA